GCUUGCCCGGUAGGUCAUUGACCCUGCAAAAUGUCAACAGAACUUCAGUCAAAAUGGCGGGUGUUCAGAGCUUCUUCAAAUGGCUGGUGAAGUAUGUCCUUGCAUGGCUUUUAGCCCCGCUGUACAUGCUAUCUUCGACUUUUAUGUUCUUCCUACGAGUUAUCCGCAGUCCCAUGGCGGUUCUGAGCUACCGAGUCCGUGAGACUCCGCCGGCGGUGCUUCAGGACCCAGCCCUGGGUACGCACGAGUACGUGCGGCUGGGCACGGCUAAGAUCCGCCUGCACUAUGUGGCCGCUGGGGACAGGAGCAAGCCUCUGAUGGUCUGUCUGCACGGCUUUCCGGAGUUCUGGUAUUCAUGGCGUCAUCAACUGAAAGCAUUUGGAAAGGACUACCGGGUAGUGGCGGUGGACAUGAGGGGGUUUGGCGACUCUGACAAGCCACCAGCCGUGGAGGAAUACAAAGUUGACAAGAUGGCUGGUGACAUUAUUGACCUGAUAGAAGCCCUCGGCUACGGGUCCUGUACGCUUGUGGGUAACGACGGAGGAGCGAUUAUCGCCGGGCGCGUUGCCAUGGAGCGUCCCGACCUGGUGACAAAAUUGGUCGCCAUGAACGGUCCUGUUAGCCUCUCUGUGGUCCGCAGAUACGCCAGGUCACGUCCCAAACAGCGCCUGAAGUUUUGGUACAAUUUCCUCGCCCAAUUGCCCUACCUACCCGAGAUGUGUCUUGGGUUUAACGACUUAAAGACGCUUGAUGUCGUGUUCCGAGGUAAGAAAAUGGGAUGCCGCAACAAAGACGCCUUUACAGAUGAGGACUUGGAAGCCUACAAGUACGCCUCCUCACAACCUGGUGCCCUGACGGGAGUGGUCAACUUUUACAGAGCCAAUGGCAUGCGCCCACCAAAGGAACCUACAACAGGUAUCCGCUGUCCGUCCCUGCUGAUUUGGGGCGACCAGGACGGGGUUCUUGACACGGACUUAGCGCGGGAAAUGGCAGAGUCCGUACAGGGCAUGAAGGUGGAGAUUAUCGAAGGUGCAAGUCAUUUUGUCCAGCAGGAC